CUUUCCCUUCUCUCUCCUCUGCGCAGACGGCUUCCCAGGGUUUACAAACGCUAGGGUUUAAGCUCAGCCCGGAAGGCCGAAAAAUAUAUCACACUAAUAAGCCCCCUUCAAUGGCUUCUUCGGUCUCAAGAAGACUCUGCAGAGCUCUUCUUCUCUCCUCAACCUCCAAAGGACCCUCUCAUCUCUAUAACCCCUUCUGCACCCACAACCUCUUUUCCCGCGAACAACCAUCGGAACCAGAGACCGAGCCUGAUCCAGACUCCGACCCAGCCGCCCCUUCGUCUUCGUCUUCGUCGUCGUCCUCUUCCUCGGAUUUAGCCCAGCAAUCGAUGAUCUAUGAUCGACCACUCGAGAACGGGUUGGAUGUGGGCAUCUAUAAGGCGAUAGUGGUGGGGCAGGUGGGGCAGAGCCCCUUGCAGAAGCGGCUGAGGAGUGGGAGGAUGGUGACACUGUUCUCAGUGGGGACGGGCGGCAUUCGCAACAAUCGCAGGCCUCUGCAGAGUGAGGAUCCCAGAGACUAUGCUAAUAGGUGCGUGGUUCAGUGGCACCGCGUCUCCGUUUAUCCAGAGAGACUCGGUGAUGUUGUUAUGAAGCACGUCACUCCCCGUUCAAUCUUGUAUUUGGAGGGGAAUUUGGAGACGAAAAUAUUCACUGAUCCAAUAACUGGUCUAGUUCGGCGUGUAAGGGAGAUCGCCAUUCGCCGAAACGGUCGCGUUGUAUUUCUGAGUAAUGGUGGCGAUACCCAGCAAGCAACUCAGGCAGAAUUGAAAGGUGUUGGCUAUUACUGAUCUGCAGGAGGAAUGAGAGCAGACAGUUAUUUUCACAGAUGUAUUUUGCUGUCAUGUUGCUUUGAGUGGGUAGUGGUAAUGCAGGUGCUAAUGGUGGCUUCUGCUGAAUUUUGACCGUAAAUACAUCAUUUGUGUGGCCUAACGAUUUUAUGUAUUUGCAUUUUGGAAGCCAUUAAAGCCUUCGAAAUUUGCUGCAGCAGUUUGUAUUGGUUAAUCAAUUCAACGAAGAGAUCAUUCAGUUUUUGAGUCCAUGCUUCGAAGAGAACCUUAAAUCGGGUGGUCACGAGUGUCACUCGAGCAAUUAUGUUUGAAUGUUCUUGCUGUCUUUGGAUAUGGACUCUGAUAAUUCCUAACUAAUACUAGCUCUUGGUCCACUUAUUGUUGAAACUGGCACAUCAGCUGAUUAGCAGGGUGUAGGAAUCUUUUUGUAGCACUGAGAGGUGCUUGAAUAUUCAUGGAUAUUUUCUUAUUUAAGCUCAUCAACUUGAUCCUUUAA